AUGUGCUGUGCCUUAGAAGUUGGCCUCGAGCGUGUGUAUCCACGGAGGCGGACAUGUCAUGGACAAAAAUCUAUUGAUUGUAUGGCUCAGAAAGUCGACCUUAGAUUGAACCACUACGACAUGUUGUUUGGCGGCCCGGCAGCCAGCUCAAGGCUAUCGACAUCGGUCGACCAACCUGAAGGUCUGCUGGCUGGGAUUUUGUCUGAGCCGGUGAGGUUCCAGAGUCAAAACACGGGUUCCAAAUUAUGGCAAACGCUGCGGAGGAAGCGCGAGCCAUUGCGAAGGAUGUAG